UAUUUUUUUUCUUAAUCAAUGGAACGUGCUUUGUUCCGAUUUGCCAGUCAGGUGCUGCUGUUUGAAAUGCCCACGGCAGUACGCCUACUAGUUCAUCGUGGUGGGGAACUUCUGAUCGCCUGGGUUUAACGCUCCACCGGAGGCGACAUACAAGGAGCGCCAUUAGAUCUUGGUCGCCCACCAACUGGUUCGCGCAGGAUUGAUUCUCUCCGGUGCUUUGCUGCAAUGGGCCCGGUGGUUCCUUUUGACACUUCUACCAGAAACCUGAAACUGCGUGUGAUAAGACUUGAACCAUCUUGUUUGUUGCAUCAAGAGAACAAUAUGCUCAGGAUUAGACUUGAUGGGAUCUGAAUAUCUGUACAUGUUGCAUGCGUCUUUUUUUGGAGUCUGAGUACGUGUCAUGUUUUGGUUUGGUACCAGCUGAGCAGUUUGGUCUCCCUCUUCUUCGAGCCUCCCUGCUAAAUAGCUCGGACGACGUCUCCAAAGGUGUCAAUUUCGCUGUCGGCGGCGCGACGGUGAUCGACGUCGACUUCUAUGAGAGGAACAAACUGGUCCCGUUCAAGCUGAUAAACAAUUCUCUGAACGUGCAGCUGGGCUGGUUCGAGGAGCUCAAGCCAACGAUUUGCAACAAGACCGUAGCGCGUAGAGAAUGUCUCAAGAAAGCCCUCUUCUUCGUUGGGGAGUUUGGAGUGAAUGACUACAACUUCUUGUGGAACGCCGGGAACACCGAAGACCAAGUGAGAUCCUAUGUACCCAAAGUUGUGAAAAAUAUUGCCGUGGCCGUGGAGAGGCUCAUCAAAGGAGGAGCAAUUUACGUUGUCGUGCCAGGGAAUCCCCCGAACGGGUGCUCACCCACCAUGCUGACAACCCGCUCUAGCUUCAACAAGACGACGAUGUACAACCACAUCGAUUGUCUAAGCGACAUAAACCGCGUGGCUAGAUACCACAACUCCAUGCUCCGCACGGCGAUUGGCACUCUCAGGGGCAAGUACUCGCAUGCCAGGAUCAUCUACGCCGAUUUCUACGGCCCGAUCAUCACGAUCCUCGACAACCCCAGCCGAUUCGGAGUAGCUGGCACCGACGCUCUACGGGCUUGCUGCGGAGGUGGCGGGGCGUACAACUGGAAUGCCAGCGCUUUCUGCGGCAUGCCGGGGGUGACUGCCUGCAAGGAUCCCUCGGUGUUCUUUAACUGGGAUGGUAUUCACUACACGGAGGCUACAUAUCGCUUCAUCGCCGAAGGGUGGCUCCACGGUCCUUUUGCCGACCCGCCAAUACUAAGUGCUCUUCACUACUAGAGAAAAGACUUAAUCUAAACCAUUAUAGACAACAGAAAGAGUUCAUGAAUAUGUUAACAUCAUAUUUUAGAAGGAAUUAAUGGUGGUGGUGAUGAGAGUCAUAGAGGAUCGACGAUGACGUCCUGUA